AUGCUUAGGAGUCGUAAAUCAUCUAAGGAUCCACAGAACAAUCGAAGAAGAGUAACCCGCCAUUUCCUUUCUCCACAUGAUAAAGAAAUCAUCGAUGAGUUACUCAAGGAAAAUUUAGAUGCGUUGCAAAUUGCCCAAAAGUUGAAUCAUCAGCCAAGACAGAUAAAAGACUACAUAAAUCGGUUAAACAAAAACCAGGUCAAUAAGUUUACCAUAGAAGAUGAUGAAAAACUUAUAAUGCUCUACAACAAAAAUAUCAAAAAAGAAAGUAAGCUCGUAAAGUACUUUCCUGACAAAUCAUCGUGGAUGAUUCGCAACAGAAUUAAGCUUCUUAAGAGAAGAAAUCAGCUUGACCCUACUCCGAUUCAACCCGUCAUAAAAUCUUCUGAGGUCGAAACCAAUCCGAAGAUAAAACCACUCUCAAUACCACCGUUGAUCAUACCACAGCCCACCCCACCUACCGAACAUUUCAAACCUUUUGGUUUAGAAAUCAUUCCACCAUUGAAUCCAAACAAUUCGUACAAUCCAUAUACCAAUACAAUCCCUAUGAAAUUCCCAUCAUUGGAACCUAUUCGUCUUGAUCUAAUUCACUUAUUUUGA